AUGCGUUCACCCCAGGCCGGGCUCCUCCUCGGAAGUCUCCUCUUCCAGUCCGCCGAAGCCCAAUACUACAAGAUUAGCACCAAAGAUGAGAUUCGCGACGCGGCCCGGACCUUAGCCUACGAUCUUAUGCUUCAGUACGAUGGAAACCAGACCGGCAAGAUUCCCGGCAUUCUACCCGGACCGCCUACCGAAUACAAGGGCGAUUAUUACUGGUGGGAGGGAGGUGCUAUGAUGGGAACUUACGUCGACUACUGGAAGUUGACUGGUGACACGAGUUACAACGAUGUCGUUAUGGAAGGGAUUUUGCAUCAAACCGGCGAAAAUGCAGAUUUCAUGCCCUUGAACCACACAGCAUCCCUGGGAAAUGACGAUCAAGGCUUCUGGGGCAUGACGGCCAUGCUGGCGGCUGAAAACAAGUUCCCCAAUCCUCCAGAUGACAAACCCCAGUGGCUGGCACUCGCACAAGGUGUCUGGGCGACCCAAGCAGCACCCGGACGACACGAUGAGACCUGUAACGGUGGUUUGAGAUGGCAGGUUCCAUUUUCCAACGCCGGAUACAACUACAAGAACACAAUCGCGAAUGGAUGUUUCUUUAACAUUGGUGCUCGGCUUGCCAGGUACACCGGAAAUUCGACAUACGCCGAGUAUGCUGAGGAGACUUGGGAUUGGCUAUGGAAGGUCGAAUACAUCGACCACGAGACUUAUCAAGUAUACGACGGCGGUCACGUUGAGCACAACUGCACCGACGUAAACAAGGCCACCUUCUCUUACAACGCCGCCAUCUUACUCCAGGGAUCGGCAUUCAUGUACAAUUUUACCGAUGGCGAUGAGGUUUGGAAAAGCCGUGUCGACAAGCUCCUCGACUCGCUGCUCAAAAACUUCUUCCCUAAGGACAUCGCUUACGAAAUCCCCUGCGAAGGCCGCCAGGGAGCCUGCUCAACCGACAUGCUUUCGUUCAAGGGAUACGUCCACCGGUGGCUCUCCGUCGUGACGCAGAUCGCCCCCCACACCAAGGACAAGAUCCUCCCCGUGCUCGCCACGUCAGCCCUGGCCGCCGCCAAUCAGUGCACCGGCGGCGAAUCCGGUCGCGUGUGCGGCUUCUACUGGAGUGGCGGAGUGUUUGUCGAUCCGGCCGUGGACGAAACGAGCGGUGCCGGCGAGGCUAUGAGCGUGCUUGCCGCCGUGUCCAGCCUGCUGAUCGAAGACGCCGACCCGCCGGUGACGAACAAGACGGGUGGCAUUUCGAAGGGCGACCCCAAUGCCGGAAAGAACAGUCACGACAUGCCAGAACUGCGAAAAAUCACUGGAGCAGACAGGGCCGGAGCGGGUAUCCUCACGGUUUUGCUUCUCGGCGGUGCAACCGGCGCCUUUUUAUGGAUGAUGGAAGAUGAAUCUCUAGAUAGAUAG